AUGAACGGGCUCAAGAAGAUCCUCUCCCGUCAAAAGACGAGUCAGUCUGGCGACCAUGAGGGCGAGCUCCAGGCCUUUCGCAAGCAGCACCGAUACGACCCUUUUCUCGAGGAUGACAAGCUGCGCGCCGUCGACUCUGCCCUUGACUCGGGCAACGCCGAAAAGCUCCGCGAUCUCGACAACGCCUUGAUCCAGGAUGACUCGCCCUAUCCCGAGGUCCGCGCCGCCGUCCCUAACACGGACGAGGACAUGCCUGUCGAUACUAUCCGAGCCUGGGUAAUUGGUGGUCUGCUCUGCACCAUUGUUUCCGCUUGCAACGUGCUUCUCGCGCUGCGCCGCACGCCCAUCUCCAUCAGCUCUACCGUCGUCCAGUUGGUGGCGUACCCCCUUGGCUGCUUCUGGGCCCGAGUUAUGCCCGCGAAGACCUUCCACCUCUUUGGUCGCACCUUUGAGCUUAACCCCGGUCCCUUCAACGUAAAAGAGCACACAAUCAUUACCAUGAUGACAGCUGCCGGUUCCGCCAUCAGCUACGCUUUCGACAUUCUCCUUGCCCAGGAGGUAUUCUACGACCAGCACUUUAAAUGGGGUUUCCAGAUUCUGCUCGUCCUUUCGACCCAGGCCAUGGGAUUCGGUAUCGCUGGCAUCUCCCGACGCUUCCUUAUCUACCCGUCCUCCAUGGUCUGGCCGGCGACCCUCGUGACAUGCGCCGUCAUGUACGCCCUGCACAACCACCAGCCCGCCGACCCUGCCACCACGAAUGGCUGGAAAAUUGGCCGCUACGCCUUCUUCCUCAUCGUCUCCAUGAGCACCUUUGUCUGGGAGUGGGUGCCCCAGGUCUUCGCCCAAUUCCUGCAGUUCUUCAACUUUGCUUGCUGGAUCGCCCCCAACAACGUCAUCGUCAACCAGGUCCUCGGAGCCCAGUCUGGCCUCGGCCUAAUCCCCAUCUCCUUUGACUGGAGCAUCGUCAGUGCCUUCCUCGGUAGUCCCCUACAGGCGCCCGCUUUUUCCCUCGUCAACGUCGCUCUUGGUCUGGCCCUCUUGACUAUUGCUGCCUCGGGACUAUCGUGGGGUGGUCCUGAGUUCUACCGAUACCUGCCCAUCAGUGCCAACACCAACUAUGACCACUUUGCGAAAAAGUACAACACCUCGCGCAUUCUCACUCCCCAAUUCACCAUGAACGAGACGGCCUACCGCGAGUACUCGCCUAUUCUCAUCUCCCCGACCUUUACGCUCUCCUACGGCAUGUCCUUUGCCGCCCUCAUAUCGACCCUCGUCCACGUCGCCCUCUUCUACGGCCCCGACAUCUGGCGCCGCAGCCGUGACAUGCGUUCCGAGGAGCCCGACGUGCACCUGAAGCUGAUGCGCAAGUACAAGGAGGCCCCUGAGUGGUGGUUCCUCGCCAUCUUCGCCCUGAGCUUUGCCUUUGGCAUGAUUGCCUCCCAGGUCUGGCCCACCCAUCUGCCCUGGUGGGCUUUCAUCAUCUGCAUUGCUAUUGGCCUCGUCUUCUUCAUUCCCGUCGGCACUGUGCAGGCCAUCACCAACCAGCAGACCGGCCUAAACGUCAUCACCGAGCUGGUCAUCGGCUUCAUGCUGCCCGGACGUCCCAUCGCCAUGAUGAUGUUCAAGUGCUGGGGCUACAUGAUUGUCUUCUAUGGCCUCAACUACAUCUCCGACAUGAAGAUCGGUCACUACAUGAAGAUCCCCCCUCGCUCCAUGUUCGCAGCCCAGGCCUUUGCCGUCAUCUGGCUGUCCAUUGUCCAGGUCGCCACCUACAACUUCCUGCUCGGCAACAUCAAGGGCAUUUGCACCGAGGAUCAGGCCCAGGGCCUUACCUGCCCCGCUGCGCGCACCUUCUUCAACGCCAGUGUCAUCUGGGGCGUCAUUGGUCCGGCCAAGAUGUUCGGCGCCGGCCAGCUCUUUUCCUGGCUCAACUGGUUCUGGCUCAUCGGCGCCGCCCUGCCUGUGAUCCAGUACUUCAUCACCCGACGCAACCCCCGCAGCAUCUUCCGCUACAUGCUCACGCCCGUCAUCUUUGGCGCCGCCGGCCAGAUCCCGCCGGCCACGCUCUACUACCUGUGGCAGUUUGUCACGGUCGGUCUCGUCUUCAACUGGUUCCUGCGACGCCGCUACUUUGGCUGGUGGCAGCAGUACAACUACACCCUUUCGGGCGCCCUCGACAUUGGCAACGCGCUCGCCAGCGUCGUCAUCGGCCUCGCCCUCGGCCUGGGCAACGCCAACUUUCCCGAUUGGUGGGGCAACACAGUGCCGUACACCAACCUCGACGGUUGGCACAAUGCCACGACAAAGGUCUUCCACAAGGGCCAGACGCCUCUGGGCCCGGCAACCUGGUCGUAG